AUGAACGUUACAAUUGUCGGCGCAAAUGGCGAGGCCGGUUUGUCAAUCAUCGAUGCCCUCUGGUCUUCUCCAAAUGAGUUUAAAUUGACUGCAUUUGUGCGACCUACUUCCAUCAACAAACCCGAAAUCCAGCAGAUCAAGAACAAGGGCGUAUCCGUUGUCCCUAUCAACCUCGAAAACAACCACGACGAACUCGUCAAGGCUCUCACCGGUCAAGAUGUAGUCAUCAGUUGUCUUGUACCCUUCACUACUGGGCCUGAAAUUGCUUUGGCAAAUGCCUCCAAAGAAGCUGGAAUCAAACGAUUCCUCCCCAGCGCUUUUGGUCCGCCUUGUCCUCCUGAAGGUGUUAUGCUUCUUAGGGAGUUUAAAGAGACCAUCAUCAACCACGUCAAGAAAAUCUAUCUUCCCUACACCGUUGUUGACGUUGGCAUGUGGUAUCAAGUCUCUCUUCCAUCUCUUCCUUCUGGAAAGAUUGACUAUGCUCUCAAAUUUCCUGCCACUGUCGUCGCUGAAGAUGGUUCUCACGCCACGAGCUUGACAGACCUAAGAGACGUUGGAAAAUACGUUGCCAAGAUCAUCACUGAUGACCGAACCUUGAACAAAUACGUCUUUGCCUAUAACGAAGUCUGGACUCAGGAGGAGAUUCACACUCACUUGGAGGAGGUCAGCGGUGAAAAGAUUACACGUAAUUUGAUGCCUGCCAAGGACAUUGAGGCCACCAUCGCAGACGCCCAAGUCAAGUACGAUGCGAGUGACAAGAGUCUUCCCUUCAUCUUUGGACUUGCUGGUCCUCAGUAUCUCUACUGCGAGUGGUUCCGUCAGGACAAUCUCCCCGAGCCCGCCAAGUAUCUGGGCUAUCUCAGCACCAAGGAUCUUUACCCCGACUUUGAGCCGAUCAAGUACGUGGACUAUGUGCAUGAAGUUAUGCAGGGCAAGGGCAAGAGCAUCUAUGCGGACCGUUGA